GGCAUUUAACUAAUGAAAAUGGAUGGAAAACUAAAUUUGCUAAGAGAACUAAAGUUUGGUAGAUGUAGCCACCAAAAUUUGAAUUUAGAUGGUUAAGUGCAUGUGAAUUGAGAGUUUGGAGGAUUUAGCCGCAAAAAACUCCUUCUCUUUAAUAAACUGUUCCUCCUUUGGUUCAUUUUAAAUUUAAAAGUAUAAGGUGGACACGUCACUCAAAGACAACGGUUAGAUUUCGCAAGAAAAGAAAGAAAAAGGGGGGGAAACGCCCCCAAUCAUCAAUCAGUACUCAAAUUCAAAAUCCUAGGGUUAUAGCGCUCCUCUCAAUCAAACAACACUGAAUCUUCUGAUCAAAAAGGAACAAACAGUACUGAAUCUUGGAUCGAAGAAAAAUGGAGAAGUACGAGAAGCUAGAGAAGGUCGGAGAAGGCACGUACGGCAAGGUAUACAAAGCCAAAGACAAAGCCACCGGUCAGUUGGUUGCUCUCAAGAAGACUAGGCUCGAAAUGGACGAAGAGGGUGUCCCUCCCACUGCCCUCCGUGAGGUCUCCCUCCUUCAAAUGCUUUCUCAGUCUCUCUAUGUCGUCCGCUUGCUCUCUGUUGAGCACGUUGACAAUCGCAAGGACGGCAGGCCCAAGCCUGUUCUCUACCUUGUCUUCGAGUAUCUCGACACCGAUCUCAAGAAAUUCAUUGACUCCCAUCGCAAGGGAUCAAAUCCCAGGCCCUUAGCUCCUUCUCUGAUCCGAAACUUUCUUUAUCAGCUCUGUAAAGGGGUGGCCCAUUGCCACUCGCAUGGUGUCCUUCACCGUGAUCUCAAACCUCAGAAUCUUUUACUUGACAAGGAACGUGGCAUCCUAAAGAUCGCCGAUCUCGGCCUCGGCCGAGCAUUUACUGUCCCACUUAAGAGCUACACUCAUGAGAUUGUUACUCUGUGGUAUAGGGCCCCUGAGGUCUUGCUUGGCUCCACCCAUUACUCUACUGCUGUUGAUAUGUGGUCCGUCGGAUGCAUCUUUGCUGAGAUGGUAAGAAGGCAGGCGCUUUUUCCCGGAGAUUCCGAAUUCCAGCAACUGCUUCACAUCUUCAGGCUUCUUGGAACUCCUACUGAGAAUGAAUGGCGGGGGGUGACUAGUUUUCGAGACUGGCACGUGUAUCCACAGUGGCAACCACAAAACUUGGCACGUGCUGUUCCUUCUCUUGGAGCAGAUGGCGUUGACCUUCUAUCGAAAAUGCUAAAAUAUGACCCUGCGGAAAGAAUCUCAGCUAAAGCAGCAUUGGACCACCCUUAUUUUGACAGCCUUGACAAGUCUCAGUUCUGAAGGCAAAUGCCUAGCCACAACACGUAAACUGCCAGCUACAAGUGAACUAUUUUCUUGUGGACUAUUUGUUAUAGGGACAUGCUAUUGUGUUGAAAUUUGUGGGAUACUGUUGGCUAAAGCCUCUUGUCAUCAUCUUGGUGAUUUGAAACCUCAUCUCUUGUCAAAUUGGCUCUCUUAUUUUCAUUUUUUGUUUGAUGGUCGCCAAUUGAUUUAUGUUUAUGUAAAAGCUUGGAAAUGAAUAAUGCAAACUAUUAUAAUGAUUUUGAUUAGGUAAUUAAUUGUAAAAA